UGAAAGGGCAGAUUUAUCUUCAUAAAAUAUUCAAAGCAAGACAGCCCACAAGGUAGGCGGAACUCAUCCCUAACAGCAUUUCUGCGUUCGAUGGUGUGUUGGGUGCCUAGACUCGUUUUCUUUGAUUUAUGGUUUAUUACCAACACUGAACGAGUACUACUAGAAGAAAGUCAAGUACACUUACAUGGAAGUUUAACCGGAUUUUCCCGAAUUUAAGGGUAUAUAAAUUAUUAUUCUCAUAAGUACUUGGUAUGAAUAGUUUCUUCUUAUGGCCAUUAUUCGUGUUCAUUUUUGUGCACAUUGUCUAAAUAAUGCCUCCACAGAGUGUGUUGUGUGAGGGUGUAUCGUUUUUCGACAUGAUGGAAGCCAUCUCUUAAGUACUGUAUCUUCGGAGGAAUACUUUAUGUAUAUUGUCAAUCCGAAAACAUCUGAGAUGUCGAUUUAAAUAAUUACGAGAACUUAAAUUGAAAAAAAUUGUGAUACUCCGUUUAUAUUUCAUUACACUGGCAGUGGUCGUCAACUGUAGAUAAACAAAUUCAGGCCAGAUAUUGAACGGGUAUAGUAACAUCAUUUUUAUUUGUUUUACCUCACUGAACUCGAAGAUGCCAUGAAGAGGGAGGAAGUCAACUUGAAAUAACAAGGAGCGUUUUUAAAACAUUUAUGUUCUAUUAAUGAUCGACGUUUACCAACAGAAUGGCUCGUUGGACGUGGAAAACCUUAACAUUGGUAACUUUUGUGUGUAUCGUUAUAAAAGUGGGUUACAGUGGGUUGAAACUUGACCGAACAGAUGCGUCAAAGAGAGAUUCUAGACACUCGACUCUCGUAUCUUACGAACACAAGACGCCUUAUACCUCCAAAGCGCGAAUGAAUUCGACUACGACGUCGUCCGGUGGUCGACGGUGUCAGAGGCUGUGGGAGAAAGGGACUUCAGAAUGGUUUGAUAAGAGGUUUAAUGCAUCACUGCUCCCUGUCUGGAUGAAGGAGAACGCGAAGCUGUCGGAGGAGAUUAAGAAAUGGUGGCUGCGUUUACAAAGUCACGUGGACAAGGAUUACCUCGGCGCCCUCGACAAGGCAUUCAAGGUUAUCCCCAACCCCGAAAGGUUUCUGAAACGCAACAGAUCACGAUGCCUCCGUUGUGCCGUGGUCGGGAACUCAGGCAAUCUGAAAAACAGCAGCUACGGGACCCUCAUCGACACGCACGAUGCAGUCGUAAGAAUCAAUCGGGCAAAGGUGAAAGGCUUUGAAAAGGACGUGGGGAAGAAAGAUACAUAUCGAUUGAUGUACCCAGAAAGCUUCACAGACAUCACCCCAGAGACAACCUUUGUUUUGCUCGGCUUCAAGGUGUUAGAUCUGAAUUGGGCCCGAAGUGCGAUUACGACAGGCGAAAUCAAAAAGACUUACACCAGCGUUAAAGCAAAAAUCAAAGUAGCCCCUUCGAAGAUACUUUUCUACAACCCCACUUUGAUGCACCAUAUUCAUAAAGAAUGGAUCGACGGUAAGGGGCGCUAUCCAUCUUCUGGAACUUUGGCCGUUUUCUUCGCUCUCCAGUUUUGCGAUGAGGUGAGUGUAUUCGGUAUGGGAGCGAACAGCAAAGGAUAUUGGGAUCAUUACUGGGAGGCCAACGAUGGCUCGGGAAACUCGGCGUUCCUCAAGACACACGUUCACAACUCUGACCACGAACUCGAAAUCCUCAAGAAACUGGCAGAGGAAAAGAUCAUCAAGAUGUACCAGGGAGUGCGAUAACCCAUGUGACCUAUUUGAUGGUAUCUGGCUCCCGUCGAAUAAAAGGUUACUGUUAUGGUAACUUUGCCAUCCAGUUGUAACUACCAUGGCAACAAUGCUCAACAGCCAAUCAGGAUCGAGGAUUCUGUGAAAACUACCAUGGGUCGGUGUUUCAUAAAGCCGUUCGUAAAGUUACGCCUGACUGACUUUACGCGCGACUGGAACAUUUUUUAAGGUGCGAAGUCAGUAACAUAGUGAUAUAUCAUUUAG